AUGCGCUGCUCCGUCGCCAUCUUCUCCGUCCUUGCCCUCGCUCUUGGUGCCGUCGCCUCGCCCGCACCCGAGCCUGAGGUCGCGACCCAGUACGAGCUCGUCAAGCGCUCGUGCGGUGGCGGAACCGUCUCGUGCUGCAACAGCGUACAGUCUUCCACCAGCAACAGCCAGGCAUUCAGCAGCGCUACCAUCUUCUUCCUGCUCAGGCUCGGCUUCACCCAGGACCAGAUCGUCUCUCUCGAGGAGGGCAACAUCAACAACAGCACCGCUCAGGUCUGCUCGGGUUCUGGCAGCGUGUCCUGCAACCAGCAGAACGUGUGCUGCAACGGUGCCCACAUCAGCGGUUUGAACGUCCAGGCUUGCAACGCCAUCAACCUCUGA